GGCUCCGGGAGGCGUCUUGCCCUCUCGCUGUGUCUUCCGCCUCCGUUGAGCUUCCGGUGCGAAGGUCACGGACAAGAUGGUUCCCCCGGUUCAGGUCUCUCCGCUCAUCAAGUUCGGCCGAUACUCCGCCCUGGUCCUCGGCAUGGCCUACGGCGCCAAACGCUACAGUUACCUAAAACCCCGGGCAGAGGAGGAGAGGCGAGUAGCAGCAGAGGAGAAGAAGAGACUAGACGAGCUAAAACGCAUCGAGCGAGAACUGGCCGAAGCUCGAGAUGACAGCAUUCUCAAGUGAGGCGCCAGUGAGCUUGUCUUUAGUCGCUGAGGAUGAAUAAAGCUUUGUUGUGUGAU